AAAAAAAAAUGAUAAAUUUACUCGAAAAGCUGCGACUGCGAGAGCGAGACUGUUUCUCUCUCAUUUCAUCCUCUCAAUCCCUAGAUUCUCUGUUUUAGUGUCACUGCUAGAAUUCUGAAUUGGGAACGGGAGAGAUCCAGUAAGAGAGAGAAUUCAAUUUCGCCAUGGCCAAAAGUUCCUUCAAGCUGGAGCACCACCUUGAGAGAAGGCAGGCUGAAGCUGCUCGUAUCAGGGAAAAAUAUCCAGACAGAAUUCCGGUUAUUGUCGAGAAGGCAGAGAGAAGUGACAUACCAGACAUUGACAAGAAGAAGUAUUUGGUUCCGGCUGACCUGACUGUUGGGCAGUUUGUUUAUGUGGUUCGAAAGAGAAUAAAGCUCAGUGCUGAGAAGGCCAUAUUUAUAUUUGUAAAAAACAUUUUGCCACCUACUGCUGCCAUGAUGUCUGCUAUUUACGAGGAAAACAAGGAUGAAGAUGGUUUUCUUUACAUGACUUAUAGCGGGGAGAACACAUUUGGAUUGUUCUGAGGGAAAUCAAUAUGGAAAAUUUGAAAUGUGUAAAUAAGGACUCGAAAAAGCAAGGUGGAAAAAUGUACAUAUUAUCUGUUUUUAGCUCAUGUUUAUUUUGACCUUACUGUGGGGAUUGUGUUUCUUAUGGUUCUCAACUGUUAAUAACAGUUGUGUCUAGAUUUCAAUGCUCGGUAAGUAUUAUAUUAAUUAAUCGUUUUAUGCAUGAAUAAAUUGUGAUCUUUCUAAACCUUA